GUCAUUGAAGGGACGAACCAUUUUGAGAGCUGUGAGCAUUAGCACUGCCGUCUGUGACCAGUUAACAGAUUAAAAUUUUGUUAAUGAACUACUGAGGAAAGCUUGAUGGUGAUUUUGAAGGAAAUGCUGUUCAGACACACAGAAAAGACAGCGUUUCCUUCUAAUGGAGUUUUGCCUCAUAUGCUGUUUGAGUCUGUCUCCUCCCUUGGCAUCAUCACCCUGACAUCCAGCCCUAACAUUCAGUGAAACACUGAUUCAAAGAACUUCUCAACAAUGGACAACUGUUCUGUUCUUCAUGUGCUUCUCAUGAUCUCCAUCAUGCCUGGCUGGCUUGGGGGUGACCUUAUAAUCUCAAGAAAACAGCAUGAGAUCCGUUUGAGUAAAGUCUCUCGUGGGUCCCAUCUGAGAGUGAGACGAGGCUGGAUUUGGAGCCAAAUAUUUGUUGAAGAAGAAGAUCCAACACCAAGAAAGAUUGGUCAGCUGAAAUCAGAUUAUGACACAGGGAACCUUACUAUCAAGUACAUCCUGUCAGGUGAAGGAGCUGGUGAGAUCUUCAUCAUUGAUGAGUACACAGGUGACAUUCACUUAUUACAGCCUCUGGAUCGCGAACUGAAGCCCUUCUACAUACUGCAAGCCCAGGCCAUCAACCGCAAAUCCAAACAGCCUGUUGAACCUGAAUCUGAGUUUAUCAUUAAAGUCCAGGACAUCAAUGACAAUGCUCCAGAAUUUAUCAAUGAGCCUUACGUGUCCAGCAUCCCAGAGAUGUGUCCCACAGGGACUACAGUUAUCCAGGUGACAGCUACAGAUGCAGAUGACCCUAUGUUUGGGAACAAUGCUAAACUCAUCUAUUCAAUCCUGCAGGGGGAGCCCUACUUCUCAGUGGAACCCAAAACAGGUAUAAUUGUGACGUCAUGGCCUGAUAUGGACAGAGAAGCCAGGGAGAUAUAUCUGGUUGUGGUUCAGGUGAAAGAUAUGCUGGGACUCAAUGGAGGCUACAGUGCCACAACCACCGUGACCAUCAGCCUAAUGGAUGUCAAUGACAACGGACCCACUUUCCAGCACAAUUUGUACACAUUUGCUAUAUCAGAGUCAGCUCCAGUGGGCACCACAGUGGGAAGAAUAAUGGCAGAUGACAGUGAUGUUGGUCUGAACGCGAAAAUGAACUACAGCUUAGAGGAUCUUGAGGAGAGCAGCACCUUCACAAUCCAGACGGACCCUGACACUCAAGAGGGGAUUGUCAUACUGGCUCAGCCAUUGGAUUAUGAAAGCAAGAGGCGGUUCGUCAUUGCUGUAGAGGCCAUCAAUGAAAACAUAGACACACGUUUUCUGAGUGAAUAUGAGUUUCAUGACAGGACAACACUCAAAAUUACUGUGACAAAUGUGGAUGAACCACCCAUCUUUUCUGAAACAUCUUAUAGCUGGAAAGUGCUAGAAAGCGCCCAAAUCGGCACUCAAGUUGGUACAAUCUAUGCUAGAGACACAGACACAACCAACAACCCCAUAAGAUACAGCAUUUCAAAAAGCAGUGACACACGACAGAUGUUCAGAAUUGAUGCUAAUAAUGGGACAGUAUAUGUGGCCAGCCGUUUGGAUCGAGAAACCACAGCCUGGUACAACUUGACCAUCAUCGCCAGAGAGAUCAGAGAUGACCAGCUGUCCUCCUCGGUGUCUUUACUCAUCACAGUCCUGGACGUCAAUGACAAUGUGCCUACCCUGUCACAAGACUAUCAGCCCUAUGUAUGUGAGGACACACAGGCAGGAGAGCUAAUUGAGUUGAUCAGUGCCACUGAUGCAGAUGAUCCUGCAGACGGCCAUCACUUCUAUUUCUCCAUGAUCCCAGACAAACACAUCAACCCUAACUUCACCAUCAGAGACAACCAAGAUAACACAGCUAGCAUUCUGGCACGAAGGAGCACCUUCACCCAACAUGAUCACACACACUAUCAUCUUCCAGGUGGUGAUCAGAGACAGCGGUUCUCCCAUUCUGUCCAGCACCACCACACUCACUAUCAGGGUGUGUGCGUGCCAGCCUACCGGACACUGUCCAUCAGAUGGUGUUGAAGCUCAGGCUCUCUCUCUGGACAUCAGCAUGCAGAUUUUACUUGGCCUGUCUGUUUGUCUCAUCACACUUGCAGCAGAGCUCUUGUGUUAAUGAGGGAAUAUUCUCCAAGCUUCAAGAAGGCAAGUAUGACAGGAGUGAACACAGGCCAAUCUAAUAAGCUUCAUAAUCAAUAUACUGAUAUGCCAGUGUGACCUCACACUAAUAUAAUAACACUGAUGCUUGAUCAAGUGUCAUAAUGCUAAUUACAUACUGUAUGCAAAUGAGAUUGCAUAUAUAAUUUGCAGAUGUGCAAUAUUGGGUGUAACAUAAUAAGCAUUCCUCAUCCAAGUCAGACAGCCAUUAUCCUGAUCCUGAUCACUGUCUGAGUUUAUCUUGUGAUAAUGACCAGUUGACUAUACAUUAUUGAUUACUUGUGUUCUGGAUUAGUAAUGCAUCAGUUAAUAAUAGUGCAAGUUGCAUGCUGUUAUAUUUGGCUGAAAAAUAUGAAAGUAUCCUCAUGCAAACACUAACCAUAUGUUUAAAGAUGUGCAGUGUACAAUGAACUGAACUACUAGCUAGGGUUGCAAAAUGUCCCGAAUGAUCCUAUAUUGGAGGGAACAAAAUUUGUAUUAAAAAACUGUAUUCAAUCUAUACAGAGGGCAGUUUGUCCCAAAUGUUAGUGUCUUAAAAAUUGUAGUGUCUGUAGGAAACUUAGAAAUGAAGACCAAGAGAUCUCUUCAGCAGAAUUCAUUGAAAAUGUGCUGUUUUGCACUAGAGUCAUCAGGUUUAACAAAGGUAUUCAUGGUGUUUUAGGCAUUUAUUGGACAGUGCCAGUAUAUUGGUCUUACACCCAGUCAUGAAACAAAGGUGUGCCCGAAUGUGACCUCAAAUAGAGCUAAUCUAGACCUAAUGAAGCCUUGUGAUCUUCAGCAUACCGAAUCUAGAUAAAUAGUAUCACCAAAAGGUUUGAGUCCCACCUGGUCCUAGGAGCAAUAGCUUAAUAAUAGCUGUGUUUCCACUGUCACUUCUGGGGCCAACGACCAAUAUUUUUUGGCCCGCUGAUUACCUUGGUCCAAAGAGGGCCAACUGGGGCUUGAGGUGUGGUCAUAGACAGAGUUUAUCUGAGUCAGGAGCAAUAUUCCCCCUAAUAUGCAUGCGUGCUGCGCAAAGGACAGACGUGAAAUGUGUGGGGAAAUCCAUUUGAUUGUAAUCUAAAUGAGUAAUAAUUGCAGUGCUCUGGUCAACCGCUAUAGAGUUAGUGUUGCUAUAGAGUUAGGGUUAGUGUGCGGAUUACAGGUUUCAUAGAAAGACAAUGAUGUAAGCGUGUGUGAGCGGCAGUGAGCCAAAUCAAUCUUAUCAGAAUACUGUAAGGUUUGCGGACCAAAUAGCUCGAUACGAGAGGCAACGUGAAAUGCAAAGAAAAAUAAAACAUCAUCAUGUUUUAUAUAAAAGUGGCUUGAUUAAGUUGUGAAAAUAACAGAUGAUGGGCACAGCAAAGUAACAAAACUUUGCAUGUAGCCUACUUAAUAAUAAUAAUAAUAAUAAUAAUACGUACAGCAUUUUAGUUAAAAAAACAGAGUAUUUGCCGUCUUAGCCAAUAGGCCUACAAUUAUCUUUUAUAACAAGAUUCUGUCCAAAUUUGUAGGCUAAACAUAUUAAACGAAAGGAAAAACUAUCAACGGUUUAUAAAGUAUUUUUUCAAGAUAUUUUAAAAUGUUUGCUGCAUGGUUAAAAAUACCGACACUAAAAAGAUAUAUAAGCUACGUCGCAUUUUAUUAUUUCAUUCAGAAAUAAUGUAAUUUAUCGGUAAAUAAAAUAAAAUGUUUACAAAUAGCCUAUCAUAUAGCUUUGUUUAUAAUGUUUGUAGACAUCCAUUAUGAACAAAACUGACCUAUUUUAUUUUACCACAAAACCUCUAAAGUUAACAGUUGGCCUAUUCAGGCUAUAUGCCUACGUAUAAGAAAUAAAACUAAAUAAGCGAUUUAAUCUGAAGCCUACCUUUCUCAUUCGACACUGUUUCCAAUUUCGAGACGAAUGCUAAACUAUUAAGCUUUGUACUUCACUCGCAUUAUCGACAUCGUUCUUCACAUAACAGCACAGUCAGGCGAUGGUCACGGGUGGUAAACGGCAGAUUGUACCACAGAAUUGAAUUGAGCAGUGUAACGUUUUAUAUGUUUGGUUGAUUGUAUUUUAUUUUAAUUAUUUAACAGGCUGCGAUAUCAAGUAAGCAAUGCAAGAAUUUGUGUGCGCGCGUGAGGCGCCGGCGCGACCACUGGAUUUUUUUUCCUAUGACAGUAAACUGUAGGCUACUCCGUAAUUUAAUGCAAGACAUAAUUCAUACAUUUACAAAAGACACUUAAAUAACGAAAACAAGCAGAAUGUCUGUUUCCUUCCCUAGAUCUUUGAAGUGCGCCACAAUGAACCACUAAAUAUUCCCUUUUAUUUUAUAUGUGUUAUGUAGGCCUAUAGUUUUACUCUGUUUUCUCCGUUCACAGAAGCGCUGCAGGUGUGUGAUGUGGCGUUGUGUGAACUCAUGUUCUACAUAUCCUGCAAUUUUCGCUGGUUUCAAAACGCACAACAAGCUGCAUAUUACUUGACAUUCAUUUUCACUUAAAUGCUUGACGGUUGGUGACAUAUAUCAUCGGAAAAACUAAUGCCAGGGCAUUGCCAUUGUCACUUACCUAACCUAUGAUGACUUGACAGCUGAGCAUUUCACUCACUGUAGAGCCUGAGCGCGGGCAUUUCACACACUUUGGAUGCGUCAGCGUCACAUUUGCAUAUGCUGUACUAUUUGAAUUCGUGAUUGGUUGACUGCCAAAUCAAAAUAUUAAACAGAACGAUAAAAUAACGUUAUUAACCGGUUAAUGGCCAUUUCAAAUUAGUGGUUCUGUUCAGAACGAUUACAUUUGAUUUUGUUUCCGUUUCUGGUUAUAAUAUAUAUAUAUAUUCUAAUAAUAGGAUGUUUUCUCUCUCUCUCUCUCUCUCUCUCUCUCUCUCUGUCCAUGACACAAAAUGGCACAAUGCCAAAUGAUUUUGUCUCAUUAUUACAAUGGAAACAACUUACAAUACUCCAGUUUGCCGUCCUGGUUUCCUUUCCGUGAAGUUUGUUUAGAGCUCACAAAAAUUAAUCGAAACUCACUGUAUAUAGGCUACUAGCAAGCUCUUGUGUGCCAUAUGAACUCAUGUUUUGGGUUGGUGUGUAGAUCUUCUCUUCUUCUUCUGUUUUGGUGGUUAGCAAACAGAGAUGCAGAGAACAGGAUCGCCUGUGACUGACUGUAUUCAUCGUCUGACUGUAUUUACACACACUGUAUAAAGGCAUUGGUAGAUGUAAACAUGGCUGGGUGGUCACAAUUAUGAAUAUGAGACUGCUGAUAUAAACUUCUUGUUUUUUAUAUGUACAAUAAGGAGAAAAGUGGAUUUAAGGUAAGAAAGCACAACCCUCGCAGUGUCAGAUUGCCAGUCUGUCAGUCAAGUCCGAAGCAAGACACAACCCACAGCAAAGCGAUAUGGCAACGACGUCUCAGAUAGUCUGACAGCAGUUAAAAAUAAACAGAGAGUAAAUUACUUUUGAGUGAUUCCUUACAAAAGAGUGAAUCAAAUAUGCUAAAGAUGGAAGCUUGAACGUGUGUGUAACGUGCUUGAACAGACCACAUUGGUUCUUGCGCGUUAUGCAUGCACAUUUGAGCUUCUUCUUUUCCUUUUAUUGGUGAUCGCUGGUUCCCACUUGAAGGUGCAUACUGCCACCUACUGCACAACACAGAGAAUGACAGCUGAUGUAAUAUAAAGGAUCAGGUUUAGGAUAUCCGAUCAGUUAAAUAUCGAUCGAUCAGUUAAAAAAUGCUUAAUCAGCCCCGAUCCCGAUCCUCGAGAUUAGCUCAGGACAUCCCUAAUUGUAAUCCAAAAAUCUUGCAUAUUGUGGCUUUAAUACAGUUUUCAAUGUUUUUAAUUAAGUCCUGGACCUAAACCUGGUAAGAUUUUCUUGAUUAUAUCCAGUUUAAAAAGUCUUCAUUUUAAAAGUGUAGUAAAACCAUUUCUCUUUCUGGCUUGCCCUGCAGUGCUGUCCACAUUAAUACUAGCUCUGCGAAAAUACAAGACAUUACGGCAGGAGAAAAUGGCAACACAAGAGCUGGAAACAGAGGAGUUCUCUGAGAAAAUCUUGAGUUUUACAGUCCCAGAGUCCAGCCAAACAGUUCCU